AUGGAGUCUGAUGGCUCGGAAGAGGCAGUCGAGGGCAGACACUUGCGCUUCACUGAUGCGCUUACAGAAGUACCAAAUGGUGAUGCUCAAGCGGCUGCUGAGCUGCUGCUCCAGGACAGGGGGCUCACAUCUUUAGAUAGCCUAGAGCCCUUUAAGAAUCUGAAGAAGUUGGAGCUGAAGGGCAAUCAGAUUGCGUCACUCAGUUUCUUGGAGAUGAACCACGGUCUUUGUUGGCUCGGUGUGGCAAAGAAUCGGCUACAACGGGUCAGUCAUCUGCAGAAUCUGUCGUCAUUGGCUGUCCUGGACGUGAGUGACAACAAGAUGUCCAGGCUGGAUGGUCUUCAUGGCCUUCCAAGCUUGAAAGCCUUGAUUGCUGCACGGAAUGAGAUCGCAAUCUUGGAAGGAUUAACACCAAAAAAAAAUCCAAUGCUGGAGACGGUCGUUUUGUCACACAACCACUUGGAGUCAUUCUCUCUCACAGGCUUCAAGCACUUGAAGAAGCUGUCUUUGGCUCACAACCGUCUUCAUGGCUUUCCAAAGCUCCAGAAGCUCCCUGCAUUAGCUGAGCUGCGGUUGAAUGGAAAUCACAUCACCACCAUUCCUGCCCUCGCGACUACCUUUCCGCAUUUGACUACCUUGGAUGUGGGGAAGAAUCUCAUCAACCAGGCCAAUGGCUUUAAGGCACUGGAAGGAUUGCUGUGGCUGACGAAUGUAAAUGUUCGAGGAAACCCUGCAGCAGGAGAGGAAGAAAUGCCAGACGAGAUACACAAGAUCCUGUCUACCCUGCCAAGGCUUGAGAUUGUCAACGGAAAGCGUCAUUCCGGCAAGACCAAGAAGCGACGGAGGGUGCAAACUUCUGGUGCUGGUCGAGGACGCGGACGUGGACUUGGAGCUGGUCGUGGCCGCGGACUGGCACCACAGUCUGACUCAGAGGAGCCGCCCUCGUUAAGGGCCCGAGGGCGAGGCCAUUCUACCAAACAGAAAGGACGGACGGCUUUGAAGGAGGGGAAGUUCCUGAAGUUCCACGCGCAACAAGACCAUUUACAAUCCCAAAAGCUUGGUGAAGAUGUGAAGCCGGUGGCGAAGAAGCGCGCAAAAGUCAAAAAAGUGAGGGGGCAGCUCAAGGAAAUACGGCGGCACAUCGAACCACUGGCAGGUAAAUCUGAAGAUAAGUUCAUCUCAGAUGAUGUGGGCACCUGGGCUGCAGGUUUGGGCGCCUUGUUUGAGCAUGGCCAAGCGGUCCUGCGCGCCAGCGCGGAGAGCGCGGCAGAGCAGGUGCAGCAGUCAGUGCAGCGUUUAGCCUCAGAGGCUGAUGAAGGCAAGAUCAACAAGUUGGAGGGCUUUGAAGAUGACGGGAAUGACUCACAGGCAGCGGCAGCUGCCCAGACCCUAUCAGUAUGGAACCAGAGGCUGCAAAGCGACUUUGACAACGAUGGCCACCGCCUUGCAGCGCCAGGUUUGCGUGGGCUACUGCAUACGGAAUGCCUUCACACCGUCCUCCGAACCCUAACCUCAGGAAGGCGGCGUCGGCCAGUCUUGGGGCGUGCAGCUGCUGUUGCUGCAGACAUGUGCGUGGAAGGAUCACCUCGGCAUCGUGCACAAAGCUCUACGGAGGAAAUCGAAUUGAAGCCUGGGGACUCCAACCAUGGCCAAUCUGAAGCCGUCAUUGGAGAGCAACUGGCGCAUGUGAUGCUUCAAGCGUCAGAGGCUCCGGAGGCCUUGGUGGCCCAAUUGCUGGCCUUACUGGCUGAAGCUGCGGAGGCAGCAGACAGAUGUGGUGGAGCUAUGGCAGAGGAGAAAAAUCCAGCAGAGGAGGAUGUAGGCUGGGUGGUGAACCUCGUACUGGCAACACUGGCGGAGAAGCAUGAGGCUGACACAUUGGCCUCCAAGCGACUGAGUGAAGCCUUGCGAACGGCGCUAGACAACCACUCAAAGGCAUCUGAAGCUUGUAAGGGAAAGCCAGCCACACCACAGCAUCAUGGAACUGCUAGCAAAGCUGCGCCUUUUGCUGGAGGUGGCCGACCAGACAUAGGUGGCGACGUUUGGGCUUGCUGGCCUGUGGAUGGUCACUGGUACCGUGCGAAGGUGCUAGGCUUUGCGCCCCGGGACCGCGUGAAAGUCGCGUGGUGUGCUCCUUUGAAGGAGGACAGCCAUGACUGCGUGGAGAUUUCUGACCUUGAUGCUGAGCUCUUCAGCGAGCUGAGCAGCUCUUCGCUAAUUCGGGUAGAUGCCAGUAUUCGGCGGCCACCUCCAGCUGAAUUGACCCAGGUGCCAGCCGAGAACUGUUGGACACAGGCCCUGCGGAAGGUUGAGUCUCACAGCAGAAACUUCCAGGAACUGCGUCGUGUAGGGAAGCAAUUGGACUUCCACAUUGAUUGGGGCACUUGUGGAGAGGAUGCGACGACUGAAGAAACGUCUAUGUGGCGCUAUGUCCCGGAUGACGGGUGCCACAUUGAUAUUCGAUCAAUUCCCGCAAUUGCAGGUGGCAGGACAAACGAGCGUUUGGUUGCGGGCGAGGUGUUCAGGGUAUCAGAGACGUUUGAGGGCUCUGAUGGCACCCUUUUCCUCAAGCUUGCGGAUGGACAAACUGCUGUUUGGAAGCUCGCAGCCAUUGCCCGUCAACCAAGCAACGUGCGAGACGGCCCAAUGGCAGCAGUUGUGCCAGCGAAGCAUUCAGUCCCAUCACCAUGUGGGACAGAUGCGGAGAAGUGUCAGCGAUUUAGCGCUCAGCUUCAUGAGCCUUCGCGCUUUGUGCUCUUGCGAUUUCAUGGCAUACAUGAUAGUCACUACAUUGGCAUCAAUCGUGUCAAGCUUUUUGCUGAUGAGCGUGAUGUGUCCUUCAAAGUUUUGAUGGCAGACGGGUCCAGAGAAUCAGCCGAUGCCGCAAAACCUAUUUGUGGCGGUGGGGGCUGGUGGGCUGUGACUGGAAAGGAGCAUUCUUUGCUACUACAGCUCGACGAUGUCGCGGAGAUCUCUCAUGUUGGCCUAUGGUGUGCCAAUGUGGGUGCGACACCGCUGGAGAUUGAGAUUUGCGACGCCCGCUCUCACUUCCCAGAAAUCUGUGCUGCAGAGGAGCCAAAUGAGAUCGACAUCUCUUCUAGCCAGGCACCGCCCAUCUUGCACCAUGUAAGUGCUGGAUGUGGAAAGUCGGAUGAUGAAUGUCACCUCUUUGAUGUAAAGGGCCCGAGUGGGAACCAAUCAAUGAAGCAUAUCCUUUUGCGCUUCAGAGGCAUCCACAACAGUCACUACAUUGGUGUGAACCGAUUGCGGCUCUACGAUGGGGACCACGAGGUGUCUUAUGAUGUCGUUGCAGCAGAUUCCAACGUUCAAGAGGCUAAGAAUGUCGCAAGGCGUGGUGGUUGGUGGGCAGUAGCGGGACAAGAGCAUUUCUUAGCCUUGGAGCUUGCUGAGGGGAGCGCCACAUCAAUUACAUCGAUCGGCAUUUGGUGCGCAAACCUGGGGGCGACACCUAAAGAGAUGCACAUUGUCAGUGAUCUUGGAUGGAUUGAAGAUUUGAUAGAUCUUUUGGAAAAAUUGGCUUCUGAUGGCACACGGGCAAUGGGCCCCAGAGCUCGGCGGCUGAUUGAAAGCAACGCUGGCCUACUCAUCGGGAUUGCACACUCCAACGAACGCCUUCGAUGGGCGCUUAUGGUUCGAGUCUGGGCUGGAGAAGCACCAAAGUUCCCAAUCUCCAAGAAAGACACCCUGAGUCGCCUUCAGGCCCAGCUCUUUUGUGAGAUGUGCAGGUCCUCUCAGAGCAGUGCUCAACUCCCGAAAAAUGCUAUUUCUGGCAUGGAUUGGCAUUCCUUCAAGGAAAAGAUGCCAUCCUUGGGAGAGACAUCUAUUGAGGUUUCCUCCCGCUUACUUUGGAAGGCAGAAAGCCAUGAUCCUGAGUGGCUGGGCACUGGUCUCUAUGUUCCACCUGGCGGAAAAGUAUGCGUUUGCACCGACAACCCCACCGAGGGGUGGUCAGUGAGGGUUGGUGCCCACACUGACGACAUCAGCUGCAGAGACGAAUGGAUGCGGUGGCCGCAAGUGAGCCUGAUUUUGCCACUUGCAGAUCCAAACAAAAUGGUCUCUCUCUCAACACCCUUUGGCGGAAAUGUUUACUUGGUGCGUAGCAGCAAGGCCUCGCAGUCCUUGAGGGCGACCUUUUCUGGGAACUUGCUGCAACAGCCGGUGGUCAGCAUUGCCAAAGGAGUGGACAAUGCCAUUUUGACCAGCGCAGGCGGUUGGGUGGACUGCGAAGGCCAGAAGGUGAUUUUGACCCUCCCAGUCCAUGCUGUGCGCAAGGCAGUUGAAGCUGGAGCUGACAUCCCUGGAGUACUAGACUUUUAUGACCGCCUUUGGGCUUGUUACAAUGAGCUGAGUCCUCACACGGAUCCAAGGCCCCAGCGAAUUGUGCCAGAUGUCCAGACUUCUGUGGGAUACAUGCACUCUGGAUACCCCAUCAUGACUCACUUUGAUGGUGUGCUCGACACCAGUGACACCUACCCAAUCACGAGGAUUUUAGAUGUGGCACGUUUGAGAAAGGAAGGCAGCUGGGGUUUGUUCCAUGAGCUGGGACACAACAUGCAACGCUCAUCAUGGACCUUCAAAGGAACAGUAGAGGUGACAGUAAACCUGUUUACCUUGUGGGGAAUUCAUCAGCUGUGUGAGGUAACGGAGACACCUCACCGAGACUUUUCAACAGACGUGCCCACAGCUUUCAUCAAGGAAGGGUGCCCACGAGAGAAGUGGGACGACGAUCCGUUUUUGGCCCUACGGACCUACGCCCAGGUCAUUAAAACGUUUGGCUGGGAAGGCUUGAAGGCAACUUUCAAGCGCUAUGCUGAGGAGGCAAAGCACGGGGAUGUGCGCAGAGACUACUCGCAGCAAGUGAGUUCAUUUGUUCGUUUUUGGUCUCUUGAACUUGGUCGAGAUAUCCGUCCUCAUUGGCGCCACUGGGGGUUCAAGAAUGAAUUGAAGGAUGCCGACCCUGAGUUGGACAAGCUAAAGCCUUGGAGCUUCAUGGAUAAUUGA